UCUCAUGAAGCCUUGACUUCGUUAGAAGCAGUGCAUAUUGACCUCUCAAAAUGAACACACCCUUCCCGUUUGGCGUGGAAGUAAGUUGUAAAGCGCGUUGGAGGGAGAGAGCCAAACAAAAGCAAAGCAAAGCAAGGACUCGGACACCGUCCAUGUCACUCGAGGAAGAUCCACGGUUUCCAUGGAUCUUCUCCUAGGACCCUCUUUCUUAUGCCCGACCAUCUCUUUCUUCCUCCUCUGCAAUCAACGCAAUCCAUUCACUGAAAUCAAAUUUAAUUUCUGUGUGCAAACUGUUGUAUAAGGUAUGAUUGGACGUGACAAUGCGUUGGUUGCCUAACAUUUCCUUCUCAUCUUCUCAAUCCUCGUCGUCGUCCGCGACGUUCAAAUCUCAGGGACAAGAAUCGCCACCGGGUAGGAAGAGCACUGAGGUGUCCGCAGGCGGCCCUUGGCGUUUCGGCCGGAUAGGGAGGCUCACGUGCCAUCGGAAGGUCCGCUAUUUGAACAACCGGGACACUCCAGGAGGCGCGCCGGAGGAGCGGUUCGCGCAGCUGGUGCUAUCGCCGAGCCACGCUGAGUUCUCUACCGCGCGGUCCGUUGCCGCGCUUUCGGCGAAGCCGCAGCCUCUUCCUCUGCCGGAAUUCGCGAUUUUUCGCCGGAAGGAGGGGCCGAGUUCCGAUGACGUGGACUUCCCUCUGCCUUCGCCAAAGACCGGGCCUGGCCGAGGCGUUGAGGAGCGAGAUAAAGACCGAGCUUCCUCAACCUCCCCUGUUAGAAGUGUGUUUGCUAGGCAAGACGCAAGAGACGCUAGAAAGAGUACGGAUCAUGUUGAUGCGAGGUCAUCAAGGAGGGACAAUCAACAUCCAAAUGGCUCACAAAGCUCAAGAAAAGACUUCAGGAUCAGUGUUCCCAUAAGGAGUGCUCCUAAUAGUCCUUUCUCGAGUCCUGCACUCAGCCCGCAAAGGCAGAGUGCAGCUGAUUCAUUUCCAUAUUACUACUAUAUGAUUCCUAGGGGAAAUCAAGCAUGGUCUGCUCCGGAGAUGCCAACCUCGGAAAUGAUUCCAGGGCUCCCUCCCCCUGCAUUCUUUGAUUGCUCUGCAUUUAAUUCUGAUACUUCUCCCCUUCACAGUCCCCGAGCGAAAAGUCUCCAACAAAACCCCAAAAGCCCAAAUGGAGCUGCAUCGCCAUUGCAUUGUAAAUUAUCCCUUGAAACCUCAACAGCACGUCGUGAAAGUAAUUGUCUUGGAAACGUCCACCCAUUACCUCGUCCUCCUGGAGCAGCCACACCUUCACUGUCAGCUCCCAUUCCCCAAGCAAUAGCUAGACCAGAGUCGGUGCCAAUGAAUAGUCAAUGGCAAAAAGGGAAGCUUAUUGGGCGUGGUACAUUUGGAAGUGUUUAUGUUGCCACCAAUAGGGAAACUGGAGCUUUAUGUGCAAUGAAGGAAGUUGAGUUAUUUCCUGAUGACCCAAAAUCUGCAGAGUCUAUGAAGCAGUUACAGCAGGAAAUCAAAUUUCUCAGCCAGCUGAAGCAUCCAAAUAUUGUGCAGUACUAUGGUAGUGAAAUAGUCGAAGACCGGUUUUAUAUAUAUCUGGAGUACGUGCAUCCUGGUUCAAUUAAUAAGUAUGUUCGUGAACAUUGUGGAGCCAUAACGGAAUCUGUUGUUCGCCAUUUUACUCGCCAUAUUCUCUCUGGGUUGGCCUACUUGCAUAGCAUGAAGACAAUUCACAGGGACAUCAAAGGGGCUAAUUUGCUUGUUGAUUCAUGUGGAGUUGUCAAGCUUGCUGAUUUUGGCAUGGCUAAACAUCUUACCGGACAAGCAGCUGAUCUUUCUCUAAAGGGAAGUCCAUACUGGAUGGCUCCAGAGCUCAUGCAAGCUGUGAUGCAGAAAGAUUCCAGCUCUGAUCUGGCUCUUGCUGUUGAUAUUUGGAGUUUGGGUUGUACUAUUAUUGAGAUGCUCACCGGAAAACCUCCUUGGAGUGAGUUUGAAGGGGCUGCGGCCAUGUUCAAGGUUUUGAGGGAUACCCCUCCCAUACCAGAGACAUUGUCAUGCGAUGGGAAGGAUUUUUUACGGUGCUGCUUUCGGAGAAAUCCUGCAGAGAGACUGUCUGCGACCAAGUUACUAGAACAUCGGUUCCUGAAAAACUCACAGCAGCUUGAUGUCCCAUCUGGCAACCCAGCAUUUAAUGGGAAGAACUUGACGGAUAAACCCCCUAGUCCAAGAGAGCUAUCUGAAAAUAAACGUGAUCAGUUUCCAAUGUUCCCGAGCACACAAAUAGCAAAAGAAAAGUUGACUUGUGAGAGUGAGACUGGCCAACAAUCUCAUCAUGAAACUUCCGACUUAACAGUGGCGUCCCGUCAUUCUCCUCGCUCUACCCUCGAGCCCCUUUCUAGUUUUUCUCCACCACACUUGAGUUGCAACACACGCCAUCCUAGCCCUUCUACAAGUGCUUCCAGCGGUUUCAACCAUGGCACGAAAAAGAGUAAUAAUUUCAGAUAAUCUGCAGAAAAGGAAGAACUGCUGCUGCCUUCUCGUCAUGGAUUUUGCUGAUAUGUACGCAGCUCCAGAACUGUAAUAUAGACUUCAUGGAUGCUCUAGUAGUUGGCUCGGCCGUUGAGAGUUUUGAUAAUAGGUUCUCCGCAUCUUCACAAUCCUCUUGAAGUUAUAAAAGCUUCUUACUACUGGAAGUUUUGUCUGCAUGAGAAUUUUAUAAGCAAUUUCUGUAGACAAUACUCUGAUUUAGAGCUUCAGCAAUUACGGGAGUUAACCUCAACCUUACCUUCUGAAUGUAAUUAAUUUCACAUCCAUGUAUAUUGGAUUCAAAAAAUGAGUUCUUAGAAAUAGAUGUUGAAAUUAUUGAUCUA